GAAGAACUGAACAGUAGAUACAAGGGAGAAGGUUCGUUAUUGUGUAAACCCAACAAAUGUCCUCACCAGGCAGGGGAGUCAACCUGAAUAACUAUGGAUUUGUUCACUAUAGACCUUCUGGAUAUCCAGGUUCAUAUUCAGUUCAACCUACAAAUCAACAGCAGCAUAAUUAUUCCCCUCCUCCUGCAUAUGACACCAUUGACAGAUUACCAACAUGGAGUGAGGAAAAUUCCUACUUGAAUACACCACAAACUACUGAAAUUUGGAUACGAAGAACUGAAAACAAUCUUCCCUCGACUUCUCAAGAAUCAAAUAUGCCUCCUAAUGUUCAACAAGCUCCAUGCCCACUGUGUAAUACUCCAUCCAUCUCUCCAGAACUAAGUGAAACUUCUGCUCUCUCACAUCAGAACUCUACCCCAGUGGUGUCACGAACAAUUGACUUUAAACAAGUGUUUAGGAAUUUCCGACCACAAUUUCUUGGGAGUGUCCUGAUAAUUACAUCCAUUUUGCAGAUUUCAUUGGGCAUACUAGUGGCAGUUUCUCGUUUCAACCAUGGCAUGAUAUCCUUAUGGUAUGGCACUUUGUUUUGGGUGCCUGCGUUUCAUUUCUUUGCAGGAACUAUGCUGAUUCUAAGUUGGACCAAUAUAUCCACCGCUUCUGUAAAAUGUGUACUUUGCAUCAGCAUCUUAUCAUUCAUUGCCAGUGGGGUUGGACUUGCACUUAACAUUAGUGAUCUCAAUGAUCUACAGUGCUUCUCCAGUGGCUUCCCUUUCAUUUGUAAUAAAAUACAUGGCAAAGAGAUUAAAAUAUAUUGCUGUCUUAUUGGACUGAAUGUCCUGGCGCUGAUUUUAUCUUUCUUUGCAUCAUGCAUUGGAAAUGUCACUCUUGGAUAUAACAAUAGAUCUCCACAUCCCCACAUCUAGUCACAGUGAGGUCAAGAUGAUGAGAUGGAUAAUGACAAGAAUGCAGAGUCCACAGUUGCCUUCAAAAUAAAUGUACUUACUACAAUAACUUACUGUAUUAUUAUAAGAUCCAGAUGCAUUUGUAUUCCAUGACAUAUCAAGUUUUCACUUUAUCAUAUGAAACAUACUCCAUUGUGACUACAGUAAAUUGCAUUAUGGUUUUUGUGAUGUUUGAUGUCUUGUUCACUAUGGCACUGAAUGCACUAUUUGUGCAAGGUUUUUUGGUUUAUAGUACAUAUUCUGACUUUAUUGUGUACUAUAAUAUUAUCUGUAAUUCCU